GUCGCCAUGGCGGCGGUUGCGAGGCAUGAGGACCGGGCCUGCCAGAGACAGCAAAUAAUUGAAGAUGUACUGCCAUGGUACCUAAAAACAUCAAAACUAGCACUCGCUCUGGCUAUAAUUGGCAGCACGCCCCCAGAAAAGAGCAGCAGAGAAUAUGCAGAGCAAUUGGCUAAUAGCUUAUGUCAGAAGGGAGUCGAAUGGAAGUUAAAGGCUGAAGCUUGGAAAGCUGAAGCAUUACACCUGCGUCAGAAGUUAUUUCUAACUCAAAUGCAAUCUGCAGCAAGGUCAAAUGAUGGCACUGGAGCCAACUCUUCUACCUGCCUAGAAUUUCCAACUCAAGAUCCCGUGAGCUUUAUAAAUGAGUCUGCUGUUCUAGAGGAUUCUGGUUGUGAUGUAUCUAAUGGUCAAGGAUCAGAUACGCAGGACCUAUUAACAAACUGCAGAUUGAAAAUCGUUGGUUCUUAUUCAUUAACCAGUGAAGAAACAUUGCCAUUAGUUAAUUCCACAUUGCUCCCUGCUGCAUCAGAUGCUGCCAGAGGGGAUGAAUUACAAGUGGUUAAGAAAAUGCUUAAUUUUCACACUCAGUUUUUACAGAGUUUAAUACGCAUGAGGAAGAUUGCAGCUGAUAGAACUCCAACAGCAGAAACAUUGACUUUAGCUAUUGACUACUCAAUAGUAAUAGACUCAGUGUCGCAUUUUGCUGAGAGUUUGCUAGUUUUCUGUACAAACCCCAAAUCUCUACCUCCACCUUCUAUGCUGAUGCAAGCAACUGAGUGCCUUGUCAGCGUAAUGCAAGACGGUAAAUUGCCAUUGCCUGUCCUUGAGCAGUGUGUCAAGAGGGUAGAGGAACUUGUAAAGAAGUUGGUGAAAGUUAUUUUGGACAAUGCAGGAAUAAAUCGGCCUAACAGCCCCCAGAGUGCUUUCAUGCUCACUGGCAGCGCCCCCUCCCAGGGUGCUUUCGUGCUCGUUGUUGCCCACUAG